CUUCCGCUUCUGAAAAAUAAUUAAUCGAUCCAGUGGUAAAGGAAGACACCGACUGGUGAAGUAUAUAUAGUUGACGCAUAUUUAGUUCAUAAUUCCUAACACAUUUAAUGUUCAUGGUAAAGAGAACAGCCAAAUUAAAGUAAUACUCUUAUGCUAGAAAAAUAUUAAAGAGUUUUAAUUGAUAAAUCAAUAUUUACAUUAAUAAUCAAUACGGUCAUUGUGGCUGCAUUUAAGACGACCAAAAGUGAUUCCUAAAUACCAUGGACGAUAUUGAUGGUGAUUUUGCUCUAGAACUACAACAUAUGGAACUGCUUAAACCUUUAUCAUCAAUAAGUGACAAUGACAACGAAAGGAUUGCUUGGCAACUACAGGAGCAAGAUUGGCUUGAGCAGGAACAACAUGAUGCUGAUUUUGCCCAGAGACUGGUUGACACUGAUGAAAGUAGACACAGGAAACGCAGACGUUGUUCAAGAAAUCAGGAAAACGAAAAUUAUCCUUCUUUUGUAAAUUCUCAACUAAUCAAUGAUGCUGUCCUGGCAGAAGAACUUCAGACGAUAGAACUACAAACACCUCAGUUGCAAGUCACUUAUGAAGAAAAUGAACAAAUUGCUUUGCAACUGCAAGAACAAGAAAUAUUUGAGCAGGAGCAACAUGAUGCAAAUAUUGCACAGACAUUUGAAGAUCGAAAUGAGACUCAUAAAAGGAGACAACAUAUUGGCAGGAGAUAUAGAGCUCCUGGUGAGAAUCGGACAGCACAAAGAACGCACCACAGUAGACAAAGUACUGAGGCACUCAACGAGGGAAGUUUGGCGGGUUCCGAAGUUAGGCAACAAUACAGAUCUGGUGAUAAUGACAACCAAAGUAAUAGAAAUGAUUAUCAAAACUAUGAUAAUGACAUUGAUGACUAUGAAGCGUUAUGGGAGUUACAGGAAGAAAAUGGAGAUGUACAAAAUUCAGGAAUGUCUGAAGACCAAAUAGAACGGAUACCUUGUCAUAAACCUAGCUUACAUACAUCAGCAAGUAAUGAAGAAAAGCAAUGUAGUAUAUGUUUGGGUGAAUAUAACGUUGGAGACUAUGUUAAAGCAUUACCAUGUUUUCAUGCUUACCAUAAAGAAUGCAUAGACCAAUGGUUAAAAAGCCAAGCUGUAUGUCCAGUGUGUAGAGUCGAUAUAAAAGUCGAGUAGCACAAGUAACUUUGACAAGUUUGAUAUUAAUUCCUACUGUAAUGAAAAUGUUGGUCGAAUUGUUUUACUGCAAUUCGGACUUUUACUUCUUUUUUUAUCAUGAGCUUAUACCAAUUGAUAAUAGAAAUUACAAACAGAUAGGCAACGAUUCCUGACCUCAUAAUAAAUGUCGUUGUAGUGCCACAGAAAAGGCCCUUCUACGCGUUUUCGUAAAUUUUUAAACUAGUGUUUGGUCUUUUUUGAAAUAUAGAUCACUUACAAAUAUAAAUUAAAUAAUUUACCAUGAUAGGGUCUAUAUAAUUAGUACCUCUCCUGUGACUAUUUAUUUGGCACGUGCAUGUGUUAUUUUUCCCCUACUCACAAAUAUGUGCUAAAAUAUGCACUUUUUAUAAUUUUUUAUAGAGAUAUCUCAUUUAUCAUAUUUGUCGACCGCAUUAAACAUUAAAGUCAUAUGAAACUUUAGUAACAACUGAUUAUUAAAGAACAAGUUUAAUCAAACAAAUCAUUUAAUAACUAUUUAGGGAAAGUUUAAUUAACAAAUGGGAAAGAUCACCUCGUUUUGUAAAACGUCGAAUGUUUAGGUCAAACAGAGCCCAUUUUAGCUCAUCUAUGUGAGCUAUUGCCAUCACUUAGCGUCCAUCGUCAUCGUUGUAGAGUAGUACAAAAGCCUUCUCCAAUUAAACUACAAUAGCAAUGUCAACCAAACUUGAACUGAAGGAUUCUUAGAGCAUCUAGUAUAAAGUUUGUGGUUUAUUUUUUACUCUUAAAAAACAUGGCCGCCACGACUAAUAAUAGAUUAGAAGGAUAAAAUGCAUGAAUUGUCUUAAUGAUUUGAAACUAUCGAAGAUAAAGAAAAUUUGAUAAUAACUAUUUCCUGUUUAUAUCAAAAUUAUCAGACGGCUCUUUAUGGAAGUUGAUGCCCUUAAAUUGCAACUUUUGACAAGUGUUUGUAUUUAGUCUACUAUCUCAAAAAUUAAAAUCAAUCGGUAGAUUGUAAAUAACAAAAAAGACCAUCAAUGCAAAAGUUACAAAAAUGUUAAAGAGUUGUCCUAAAAGGAAGAUUUCUGUCGCAUUGUCGUGCUUGGUUUUUUUUUCUUUCUUUCUCAAUUAUUUGAAAAAAACUAUUAUAGAAAGGUGGAAACUUUAAACAGCUAGGAACAAUUAUCAGCAAUACAAGAGUUACAAAAAUGUCAAUAUGACCGAAACCGGUAGAUCAUAGAUAGGUAGACAUUGUCAGCAGCAAAACUGAGUUACAAUACGCCAUUGGAUGACUCGUUAUUGCUCUUAAAUGGCGCCUUUUUUUUUUUUUUUUUUAUCAAAUUGUCGUUUUCUUUACUGAUUUUUGUUUGGUACUAAUUGUAUAAUUUUGUACAAAAAAAUUAUACAAGAUCUAGAUAUCUAAUAAAAUAAAUAUAUUUUUUGUACUAAUUCUAAAAUUUUGCCAAUAUCAUAAAAACUAUAAUAGACCAGAAAAAAAUUAUCACGAAUACAAUAUCUCCAAAAAUACCACCAAAUAAGAUCUACAAAUAAGCAAACAUAACUGAUUGCAAUAAAAUAAAAAAAUAAACAUCAAAAUGGCAUAGUUUCCCAGGUGAACAAUUCAUGCUCUUUGUAGCCUCUUGUUUUUUAUUGUUUAUAAAUUAUGUAUUGUCUUA